AAAUCGACAAUUCAGCAAACUUGAGCAGAAAGCAACUGCCGACCACGACGAGCGCACGCUGUCUAGGGUCACCUCCUGAAUGCUCUGACGAGAAUGCCUCUCAUUCAAGUACUAUGCAUAUGCACAUACUGCAGACUCUGAGCAACACAAGCGAUGCAUAAAUAUCGGCCGCCUGCAGCUGUGCCCUGUAUGGUAGUCGUAAAGAGGCUGUGACUCACUGACAUUAGGAAGUUCCUGUGCAAAGUGUAGGGAUUAAAGCUCUCUCAUGAUGACCAGCCCUGUUUCCUUUUCCUACCAAUGAAGAAACUCUUUGGGCGCGACAGAGUGAAGCAGCAAAAGGUUACCUGGCACAGCGAUGUUUCGGAUGUUCUCAUCGACGAUGACGCAGUACUACUUGUGCCAGUGCGCCCCAAACGGCCCACACAGGGCCACCGUGACUGGGAUAUCACACUAUCUGAGCCCCCUGCCCCUUCUAGCCCACCUCAGUUUGCCGUGCCUCCGAUAUCGCCGAACCGUCUAGCUUCCAUUCCACCUGUAAUAUUACUCGCAGAGAAGAAGAGUUUCUGGGACGGGAUCAGCCGGGAUAGGGACAGGGACAAAGACAAGGAGCGCGGACGUGAUAAAGAGCGCGAAAUUCGUGAGAAGGAAAAGGAAAGAGAAAAGGACAAGGAGGGUCGAGACCGCCUUUGGCGCGAGGAAGAUAAUCCCUCAGAGCUUACGCGCAUGAUCGUGUAUCUUACGGCGACCUCAUUGGAGGACUGGGUGCUCGUACUCGAAGUCUCCGACCGCGCGUCGGCUACUGAAGCGAAUGCCAAGGAGGCUAUGAAAGCCCUUAGGCGGGAAUUCAAAUAUGCAGAGCCUAAAUCUCAACUAUCGGCUGCCAGGUUAUGGGCAAUAAUGCUCCGCAAUGCGUCCGGUAUCUUUCUUACCCAGAUCAGCUCCCGCAAAUUCAUUGACACCGUCGAGGACGUGCUAACAAGCUCAAGAACGAGUCCUGUUGUCAGAAAACGACUAAUGGAGGUGCUCGCAGCUGCCGCAUUCAUCACUGCUUCGCGUCCUCAUCCAUCGCCUUUUUUACUCAAUGAUCGUGACCAUGAUUGGGACGGUUUCUGUGCCCUAUGGAUACGAUUGAAACCUGCUGACAAGCCCGAUGUGGGGAUUCCGUUCGACAUCGAGGAUGCUAUGUUUAGCCCCCCUAUAGGUUCUACGCGUCCGCCAAUAGAGGAGCCGCCGUCGAGGAGUCUCCGCCAGCGUGGUGUCAUUCCUCCUGAAGAUGAUAUAAAACGCUUAUUCCAGGAAUGCAAGAUCGCGAAAGGAAAUGCGACCGUCCUUAGCGAAAUGCUUGCAUACGCGAAACCGGAGCAGAUAGAAGGGAGCCAAAUACUGGAAUAUUUGACAAAAUGCCGCGGGUCGCAAGAACUGAUAUAUACCCAAAUUCCAUGGGCGUCUGCAGGCGCCGAACGGUCACGCAGUGACCGAGAAAGGAAUGCAGAAGGAAAUGAACGCACGAAAUCGCAGCCUGAUGUCCAAUUCAGUUCUCCUCCGAGUCGAGAUUACCAUGGCAUAGAGGGUAAAUUCUAUAAUGCAGAUGGAGAAGAACAGACUUUGGAGGAACAGCUUCUUGCGGCGUUGCUUGACGCGAAUGAGGCGCUGUUUGGGGCGUUGAGAAUAUAUGAUGAUGUUAUGCGGGUCGCGGAGGAACGGGUGGCUGUUGAGAUUAGUAGGAGGGAUGUGAAGAUGGACCGAAGACACAUGGAAAAUGAAUACCUCGGAGAAUCUCAACAUGAUUAUGGAGGCGGUUCUUCACGCACGCCAUCUCCGAUUCCAUCACCACCUGCUUCGCCCAGCCAACACAAUCUCCCUUCCUCACAAGUCUAUACCCUUCCUCGGGUCCCUGCCACUAUCUCCCCUGCCCAUUCGCACUACAGCCCACCACCACCGUACGACCUGCCCCGACAACACGAUCUCCCACGUGUUGUUCCCUCACAAACCCAUCCCCUUCCUCGGGUCCCUCCCGCGCUCUCCCCUGCCCAUUCGCAUUACGGCCCACCACCACCGUACGUGAGCACAUCAACGCUGCUCAUGCCGCCGCCGGUACCCCGUUCACCUGCAAACCUGCCACACCCACCCUCGCCUCCGCCUCUGCCACCUCUAGCUAGUACAUCUCUCAUACGACCGAGCGCGAAGGUCGUGGAAGAAGUCGAUGAUGAAGAACACGAGCCGAGUGACUUGUACUGCGAGCCAAGGCAUGAAUCGGUUGUACUGGACUCGGACGAGGAGGUUCACGGUGAGGUUAAUGCAAAUACGUGGUGGCUUCGAAGACAGCCUAUACAGUACGUAUAUGACGCAGUUGCUGAGCGCACGACGCAGUAUCUGCGAGAAAGGAGCAGACCUCCCGACAUAUUCGGUGUGAGCUUUGCCCUCGACGCAGUGGAUGCUACGUCCAUCCCCACCGUAGUUCCUACACAUCUGCCAAUGGAAUGGGAGCCUCCAUCCCCAAUACAACCGAGCGAAAAGGCGCUCGGGAAGAGGAGGGUCGUGGAAGAAGUCGACGAUGAACACCACGACUCGAGUGACUUGUACUAUGAACCGAGACGCGAAUCGGUUGCACUGGACUCAGAUGAGGAGACACAUGGUGGGGAUCAUGCUAAUGCGUUGUGGGCUCGAAGACAGCCUAUACAUUACGUAUAUGAUGCGUUUGCUGAGCGCACGGCGCAGUAUCUGCGAGAAAGGAGCAGACCUCCCGACAUAUUCGGUGUGAGCUUUGCCCUCGACGCAGUGGAUGCUACGUCCAUCCCCACCGUAGUUCCUACACAUCUGCCAAUGGAAUGGGAGCCUCCAUCCCCAAUACGACCGAGCGAAAAGGCGCUCGGGAAGAGGAGGGUCGUGGAAGAAGUCGACGAUGAACACCACGACUCGAGUGACUUGUACUAUGAACCGAGACGCGAAUCGGUUGCACUGGACUCAGAUGAGGAGACACAUGGUGGGGAUCAUGCUAAUGCGUUGUGGGCUCGAAGGCAGUCUAUACAUUACGUAUAUGAUGCGUUUGCUGAGCGCAUGGCGCAGUAUCUGCGAGAAAGGAGAAGACCUCCCGAUAUAUCUGGUGUGAGCUUUGCCCUCGACGUAGCGGGUGCUACGUCCACCCUCGACAUAGUUCCUACACAUCUGCCAAUGGAAGAGGAGAUACCUGGUAGCAAGCCAGGUGCUACUAUUGCUUCCAGCGAUUUGGACAGGGCUAUUGAUAGGGUUACCGACCCAUACUGGGCAGGGAUGGAUCUGGAUUUUUCAACGGAUACUGUCUUUGCAUACAGCAGUAAAGUAAAUUUAGAAAAAAUGGCAUGGGAGGAUGCGCGUCUCGAUGCGCAAAAGGUCAUCAUACUCAACCCAUCGUCCUAUCUUGGAUACCAGUUGAAGCAUGCAGCGCUUCAUGGCGCACACCGCUAUGACGAAGCGAUCGAGACUUUCGACAUCAUGCUUUCCAAGUUGGACAAUGCUCCUGAGAUGCAGCUACGAGAGCUGCGCCAGCAGUAUUUCAGUCUAUCCGAAGCAGACGAUGCUAUUCGACAGGCCAUUCACGCUCAACUCGACGAUGCCCCACUUCGUCUACUCGACACCACUUCCGGGCUCUUGUGUGAUCGAGAGGCGCAGAUAUGCGCCUUCAAACUGAGCACCGAAUACAAGGGGCUUCUGUCAUUAAUAAUCAAGCAUGCAGACAUUCGAAUGGAGCGCAUAAAAGAAGUGGUGGCGUUCUACUUCCGCUGUGUCAUGUUAUCACACAGGUGGGAAGGGAAGGAGCCACUGCUGCAAGACAUCAAGGACAAGGUCGUGUACAAGUUGAAUCCGGUCAAUGGUAUCGUGAAGUUGCAGUCGUUCUGCAAAACUGCGCGCGAUACGGGCUAUCGAUGGGCGUGGAUUGAUACGUGUUGCAUCGACCAGAACAACAACGUCGAGCUCCAAAAAUCACUCAAUUCCAUGUUUAUUUGGUAUCGCCACUCGGCGCUCACGAUCGUCUACCUGUCGGAUGUCGUGCCUUCGUCCAAGUCUGGCGCCCUAGCGAGGAGCGCUUGGAACACGCGUGGGUGGACUCUCCCGGAAUUCCUUGCUCCUGAAAUCGUUCUCUUUUACCAAAGAGAUUGGUCGCUAUAUCUCGAUGACCACUCUCACAAUCACAAAGAGUCUUUCAUAAUCAUGGGGGAGUUGGAGGAUGCGACGGGCAUAGAUGCACAUACCCUCGUUACAUUCCGUCCGGGAAUGACAGGUGCCCGGGAGAAACUCCGAUGGGCAUCGACGCGUGUAACAACUGUGCAGGAAGAUGUUGCAUACUCACUGUUCGGCGUCUUUGGCAUCCACCUACCUGCUAUUUAUGGCGAGAAGAAGCAAAACGCGCUCGGGCGGCUCCUACAGGAGAUUGUGGCUCAGUCGGGCGACAUUACUGCAUUGGACUGGGUUGGAACAUCAUCCGAGUUUAAUAGCUGCCUGCCAGCCGACAUAACCUCAUACACAGCUUUACCAUCCACGCUGCCACCUCUGUCCGAAGACUACAUUCAGUCAUCUGUCUCCUGGCUGCAAAAUACCGUGGAUAUUGAUGCGGCUUUGAAACUUUAUAGCCUGCUUGACAAUCUGGGUGCUCCUCGUUUCGCGAACCGCAGGCUGCGUCUGCCUUGUAUCGCAUUCACUGUCACAGAAGUCAGACGAAGCCGUGCUCAAGACCAGGAGGCCUGUUUUGCGUAUGAAGUCAAGGCAAGCGGACUUCGUGACCUGCUUUUCACCACGGAAGACAAGCUAGUCCAAUUUUCGCGGGCAAAGCCCACUCUGCAGACAUUCCUGCUUGUCCGUCCGUGGGAUCCUUAUCUCUUGGAGUUGCCUGAAUUUGCAGACAAUCCACAGAACAUGGACAAUUGGUCUGUGCGCGGUUCUAUGGUUCACGAUACUUUCAGCAUGUUUUCAGGUGAAACGGGGCCGAUUGAUUUCCAGUCAAAACCACGAGCAUUGCGAUUGAUUGUUCGCCUCGGACAGCCUUUCGGCGCGUUUCUGCUAGCGCGGCAGCGCGGUGGAGAAUACAGGAGAAUUGCGUCAGAUCGCAAUAUCAUUGCGCAAGUCAAAGACGUGGCGGGUUCUAUUCACAGAAUGCAUGUCAGAACACUGGAGAUAUCAUAAUAUUUGGAAGGACAGAUUUUAACAUUCAUACCUUGUUCAUACCUUGAUAGUUGACCUUAUAUAUAGGUUGCACAUAUACCUCUCUGUACUCGUGGUGAUACUGUUACAACUGGAAAGCGGACUGUCAUUUCACAUGCUCCAUC